GUUCUCAUGGUUUCCUCUUUCAAGCCAAUCAAUAAUCAUUGCCCUUAUCAACCCCACAUUUUUUUUUCUCUAAAAAAUGUAAUAUAACCGUACUUGGAAUCUACACUCAACUUUAGAGUUUGGUCUAAACUAGUAAAGCUAACGUUGUUUCUGGCUUCCUGUUUCAGACUUUUGGGUCAUCAUUGAAUUUGUUGUAGUAAGGUGUUUAAACCUUGAAAUUGUUGAUUAAUGGCGGAACUGGUGGGUCCAAGGUUGUACAGCUGUUGUAAUUGUCGAAACCAUGUUUCACUUCAUGAUGAUGUAAUUUCUAAGGCUUUUCAGGGAAGACAUGGUCGAGCCUUUUUGUUCUCUCAUGCGAUGAACAUUGUCGUGGGACCUAAAGAGGACAGGAAUCUCACGACUGGUCUCCACACUGUUGCUGAUAUAUCUUGUGCCGAUUGUCAAGAGGUGCUGGGCUGGAAGUAUGAAAGAGCUUAUGAGGCAUCUCAGAAGUACAAGGAAGGGAAGUUCAUAUUUGAGAAGUUAAAGAUUGUCAAGGAGAACUGGUAGCACCCCAUUAGAGUCCUUGUAUUUAUUCCAGUGUUGAUUCAGCUGCGUUGUUGCUUGUUGUGAAGUUCAUCUUGAACAGGAAUUUGUCAACUAAUUCAGAUUGUCAAUUGUCCCUAGUGGUUCAUCCUUGCAUUGUUCCAUGUAUGAAAGAUGGUUGGACUCUCAAUUUCUUUGUUAAUGGAAUUGUGAUUUGCCUGAAAA